GCUAGAGAGCACCGCUGCUGCACGUGACAAUGGUGCCAAGACUCUUCGCAGCUUGCCUAGCACUGAUGCUGUCGUAUGCUGCGGGCUUUGUAUCCCCCGCGCCUCGCGCAUCGUUCCCCUCGACAACACGAGCUAGAGGCAUCACCGCGGUCGACCUCCUUCCAGCCGGUGCCAGCGGGGGAGAGAUCGCCACAGCGAUACCCGACGCGUCUUCUCUACUGCUACAACGAGUGGGCCUCGCGGACGUCGGCGGCGUACACGCGAACGUUGUUGGCGCUGCUGCUGCUGCUGACGGUGGGGAGGGAGUGGGGUCGUUAGUGUCUUCUCUGCUUUUGGCUUCGGCGGCACCGGGCAACCCUUCCACCGCGUCGGGGCUGUUCGGGAUCGCCGCUCUCGUGAUCGCGUUGGGAGCCGGGGUCUUGGUAGCCUCGACCGUCACUGGGAAGAACGGCUUGGGAGCGUUCCUUACCCAGGAGAAGGGCAGCAACCCGUUCUACCAGGACACGAUGGCCAAGUUCACCCCGAAAACGCCGGACAUUCUCAACAAGAUCCGCUUGCCGGACUUGGAUUUCGUGGACGUGUACAACCAGCCACCAGCGCCGGAUGACUACGUAGACCUCGAACAGGACGCGACCUUCGAUGCGAUGGCCAACAAGGGGGCGCCAGACGCAGACACGAUCGCCACUGCGGAGGCCUUGCGGCAAAAACUGCUUAUGGCGGUGCAAGCAAAGGACUACGACCUCGCCUCGUCGCUGGAGAGGGAGCUCGCCGCCUUCAUGCGGAAAAACGGCAUGGGCUUCGAGGGCGACCAGUAGGCCGGCUGUCGUCUCGGCAUCAACCGGGUCACACACACGCUCGUGACUCCCCCUCACGAGCCCUUCACGGGGUCCCAGAUCAUGGCCUUCAGAAGCUCCAACCGCAUUGAGGCUGACGACUUUUUUAGUUUGUCAGCCGGUUUUGUGGCGUGGUCGAUGCAAAUACUUCAAACGCACGCGCACGGCCGGCAGCUCGUGGUGACUGGCUGGCUUUCAAGGCUACCGAACUCGAUGGUACACCCAGGCCUGGCGCUGCCGCUCCUCCCUUCCGAGUUGUCUUUUGAACGGUUACACCUAGUGACUGGCCCAACUCUGGUGUCGAACUGAAUAGGGCGGCGGCGGGGGCGACGCGGUACGCUUUUCGGUGGGGAUAUUCUGAACCCUGCAUGAGGCUUGUGCAGUCCCCUUGUUUUGGUGUGUACAAAGUGAUAAUGUAAUAUCGUAUAUGGAGGCGCCGACAACGAAGACCACGCCCGUUCGCGCAACGUAGGGCUGGAGACUUGUCGCACCCCGCGUGGUUGCGAGCCAUGAAACUGAAGGCGUACGUAGAUGCGAGGCAAGCGUGACUGCGCGUGCCUAGUGCCACGAGGAAGGACGGCCGAGGGACCGUCUCUCGUGCGGGAAAUCACGACCAGCCUUGUGUUGGCGUCUGGCACUAUUGUGUGUGUAGCAACGGGCCGGGGGGAGGCUAUGUGCUUCUUCCAGAAAGUGUGUGGGAGAGAGAGAAGACUCUGUUGUUGUAGAAGGGAAGGUAGAGGGAAGACCGCGUAGUUUUUCACGCUCCAGCAACUUACUCUCUUCGGAGGCAGGCGAUGGCAAUUGAUACAUGAAUGCCGGCGUGCGAAUGGUACAAACAGAAAUGCUGACGAUGAUGAGGACGAGACAUCCGACGAUCAUCACGUCGGUUUUCGAGUUGGCUGCCGCGUGUUGCCGAUGUAUUUUGGGGACACAAAACUUGUUUUUGGUUUUGAUUGGGCAGAACGGGGGCCCCACGAUGGGAACGUAUAUUAUGCUGGGCUUGGGGUUAGGGUUAGUGAGUGCAUGCGUAGCUCCACUGCGGGUACGGCUGUACGUGAACCGGGAUGGCGAACUCUUGCGUGCGUUUUCUCGAGUACAGAACUUCAGUAAAACCCACGUUCUAUAUCACUUAAAAACUGGGUGUAACACCGCCACGCUUGGUUGCACGCUUGGUUGCCGGUGCGAGGUUAGUUUCAGGUGUUGGAGGAGGAAACCGGAAAAGAACCUGAACCUGUGGCAUCAACCGCCGUGUUGUUGCCCACUGAUUGGGGAAAGCAUCCAAGCAAAGCAGGGAUAACCUAAUUAUAUAGCUAAAUAUGUAUAGUCUAUGCACACCGUAAAAAAGCCUCGUAACUGUCUGCGGGAGGUGCGUUGAAUCGAUUCGACCGACAACAAAAAAGUCUACUUCUU